AUGUCACUUAAUUCUAUUCCGGGUGGAUUUCAAGAAGCCCCAACUUCGCAAGGAGAAACUAUUGAAUCAAAUCAUGGUAUAAGUGAUAAUGAAGCUAAUUUACAAAGAUUACCAGCUAUCGAACGAUUGUGUGCUAAGAUAUUCCAAGCUCCAUUUAUCAUACUAUAUUUUGUAAUUACAUUAGCUUUCAAUGUUAUGGAUAUCUUUAAACCAUUUAAAAGAAUGUUAUGUUUUUAUGAUAGACAUCCUAGUCAAACUGUUGAUCGAAUUACACAAUUAAAUAAUUUAAUGGAUAUGUUAAUUUUGGAAUGUCAAACAAGGAAUAUUUCUAAGUCAUUAAUUGAUGAAGAAAACACUUUAAGUGAACGCUUUGACUUCAACACAUUAUAUAAUUUAAACGAUGGUCGUUUACGGGAUGAAAUUAUAAAAGGAACAUAUACUGAUCUUCUCGAUAUCUGUACAGAACAAUGUAAAUAUGGAUUAAUAUAUUUACAUGAUCCAUUAUUAGACAAUAGUACUAAUUAUCUGGAGGAAAUAUUAUGCACAGAGAAUUUUAUUAAUUUAGUAAAUAAAUAUCAGAUAUUGUUAUGGUUUGGAGAUGUGGUUACAUCUGAAGGGUUACAAAUUGUAAAUGCAAUGAAGAUUCGUGAAUUACCCUUUUUAGCUGUCAUCAGUUUGAACUCUAAUAAAGUUAUGGAGAUGAAGGGUAAAUUAGAAGGAAAUCUGAGUAAAUAUGAAAGUGAUUAUUUAGAGACAAUUCUUAAUAAGAAUUAUAACGAAUUAUUACAGUUACGUCAACAAAAGCAAAAUAUCGCUCUGGAAAGAAUUAUCAGAGAGCAACAAGACUCUAGAUAUAGAGAAUCAUUACGUCGAGAUCAAAGACGUGAUCAAGAAAGAGCCGACGCUGCACGUAUAGCUAAUGAAUAUCGAGUCAAAAGUCGAAACUGGUUAUUAUGGAGGAAAUCUAGAUUAAGAUGUGGUGAUAAUGAAGAUUCAUGCAGGUUAGCUAUUAGAUUUGAGGAUGGUGUAAGAGUUGUUGAACGAUUUAAAAGUGACUGUCAUGUAGAGGAUAUAUAUGUAUAUGUGGUGCUACGUGAGAAGGGACUAUUAGAGUCCGAAGAAGAAUUCCAUGGUGAUGAGAAUGAAUUUGAAAGUUUUGUAUAUGACUAUGGAUUUCGACUAGUAACACCGGCACCAAGAAAGGAAUUGGAUAAAAAUUUGGUACUCAAGGAUGAACCUCUUCUAUAUCCUUCUGGCAGUGUAUUAGUGGAAUCUGAAUUGUAG